AUGUGGACGUCCGCCACCCUGGCGCUCAAUCCAGUGGCGCCCGCUGUGCGCGCCGCGCACAACAAGAGGUCCCGCCGUCAUCGUGCUAGGUACGCCGGAGCCGUCAAGGCUGGGGAUGACGCGGGGGAGGCCCUGUCCGAGGAGCAGGCGCUCAUCCAGUGGAUGUGUGCCAACUACGCACCAUGGGUCAAGGACAAAGAGGGAGCAGUCAAGUGCAUCAACUUCAUGAAGGAGAAGGAAGGGCGGAUGAUCAAGCUGGAGAAGGCAGCAGAGGUGUUGGAAUCGGUCAAGGCGGACCACAAGAAGCAGUACCAGGACAGGAUCCCGUUCGAACUCCCGAAGUUAUGGCCCGGAUUUCAGCUCAUCCUGUACCGAUCAAGCGAUCCCCUUUAG